GAGACCGCUUGGAUGGGCAACCUGGAAAUUCUAGACUAUAAAACACGACAUCCCGUCUUCUAUUCCAAAGCCGGACAAUUUCAUUAUUGUCGAGCGACGUUCUUCCUCAAGCUCUCACACGUGGCUGUAUGUCUCCUACGCCAUUAUCGCUGACGUCAGCUGACGAGGGGAGCUUGAUGCCAAAUCGGCUAGCUCUUGCUUGCAUUAACCACAAGAAAGCUCGACAACGACAAACCUCAGCUCACUUUUUGCGCCCUGAAACUUCAGUAUUCUAAGUGCUUAAGUCCACCAGCCAUGAGAUUGCUAUAUGCUCUCCCCGCAACUUGCGCGCUCAUCUACCGCGCCAAGAGCAGGAAUUCUUUAACGCCCGCUGGCAUCUUCGCUGCGACUCUGACAGCUGCCGCACACGCCUAUCACCCAUGGAAUCUUCCAUUUGCACUCCUAUGCGUAUUUUUCCUUGCCGGAACACGCGUAACACACGUAAGUACUUGCGCCCGCUACACGGACAAGGGAGAGGUCUGACGACGCCUCAGAUCAAAGAAGGCAUCAAGGCCAACUAUACGCUUCGUUCAAAGGGUACAUCUGGAGGAGAAGGGCCUAGAACACAUGUUCAAGUCCUCGCCAACAGUUUGAUGGCCUCUGUCCUCUCCGUCCUCCACGCGAACCAACUACGAAAACGAGAAGCCGCAUUCGCCGAUCCUAAUACUCCGGAUCCCACGGGAUCACUAUGCUUUUCAUGGGGCGGUGACCUCCUGGUCGUUGGAAUCAUUGCCAAUUAUGCGGCCGUCGCAGCCGAUACCUUCAGCUCCGAGCUUGGUAUCCUGUCUUCAGGACAACCUCGACUGAUCACAUCACCAACACUCCGAAAGGUGCCUCGCGGAACAAACGGUGGUGUCACCUUGCUGGGUUUGGGUGCAGGUUUGCUGGGGUCAAUGAUUAUUGUCACCGCAUCCAUGAUAUUCCUACCGUCCUGCAGUGAGGAGUCAUCUCGGACGCCCGCAGGCGGCGCCCCAUGGACGAUGCUGGAGCGACGCAAGUUCAUGGGGUUCAUGGUGAUCUGGGGUGCUCUUGGCAGUGUCUUGGAUAGUUUCUUGGGUGGCCUAUUCCAACGGUCAGUCAGGGACGUACGGUCCGGUAAGAUUGUCGAGGGAGAAGGCGGCAACCGCGUCCUAGUAGCCGAAUCUGCCACGGACGCGGCCGCUCAUUCGAAUGUCAAAACCGAGGCGAUGCAGAGCGAGGCAAAAGAGAAGCUUGGUGGUUCCGCUAUUGUGGACGAUGACGAUGCUCAUGCUGGUGUCUACGAUCAUAAAGACAAGCACCGCAAGUCAAGUUUUGGAGAUCAGCGACCGUCGCGGGCCAUUGAAAACGGGUGGGAUCUUCUGGACAACAAUGAUGUCAAUUUCCUCAUGGCAGUUACGAUGAGCGUUGGCGGCAUGGCAGUAGCCAGCUGGUACUGGGACGUGCCCAUACAGAGCGUCAUGGGUGUGUAGAAACACAAGUUAGCGACGUCAUUUUGAGGGUCAAGGGCAAUUCUUGACCAUGGCCCCUUCCUGCCAAGACCAAUGAGAAUAAAGUGAUGUAAAAAGCAACUCGCUUUCCCUUCUGGUGCCCUUUGGUCCAUCACGAGAUUUAAACCACCAUUAUCCGUCGCCACUGAAUGGUGUUGAAGUGCGUCAAGACGCACUCACAUGCUGAGUGCCUCCAGCUUGGCACGGCCAACCCCCGGUGAAAGUCCGUCACCCCCCGUCAAUCCCCCCGCCGGGUCUCGGCGUGAAUCGCAGCAUCUCGGGACGCCAAACCCGGAGUUGACUCCGAGGUGGGUAAACUUUGAGUCCAAUGCGAAACCGGCAGAAUUUGAUUUCAAAAGCCGGCACGGUAUCUCAACAAUUAGACUCAACCUCAUUCGCGCAACGAGUUAUCUGGACGUGAUUCCAUCACCCAAUUCUCCAGAUCUCGGAGGACGGGAGGGUGGGAGCGAGAAGAGCCAAACAUUUCACAUCCCCCUUCUGGCGAUCCAAUAGACAUGAGGCCUUUAGUGAUCGAGAUUAAUUGCUCUUUCUCUUCCAGAGAUAGCAAGAUAUCGACUGAAACCUGGGGUAAGCCCAGAAUCGGAUCAGUUCCUGUUGCUCAUUUAAAUGCGUAAUAGUCUCAAGCUUGAGUCUGAUUGGUCUGGCAAUCUUGUAGUGAAUCAAAAUGGGGAUUGCGGGGGGCGGCAGAUCUCCAUCUCAGCAGUGUGGGACACUGAGUAGGAGCAUUGCCUCUUUGAGCAGCCAUUCUGCUAUUCUAAGGCAAAAGAGAUUUAUGAAGAGUUUAUGAUAAGUUUUGAAAAGGCAGUAAUACUGUAGAAGACUAUGAUAAAUUUUAGGAUAACUUUAGUUUAAGAAAGACACGGGAGGUGCAACUUUGUCCCAUA